AUGUAUUUUCAGAGGUUGCCGUUUCAAGGGUGGCUUUACAAGAGAUUGGAUCUUGUACAUAUUCAGUCUUUUCUGUUUUAUUCAACGUCCAUUACUAAUUCGUUGGAUACUGUCUCUGUAUAUAAUGAAAAUGGUCUACCUAAAAUUAUCAUCCCAUUGCCUUCUAGACGAGAAGCAUGUUCUUUUAUUCUCAAACCAUUACAACACACAGUUGGGGAUUUAUCAAACUUUAUAAAAUGUGAAGAUAGUGGCGUCGAUCGAAUAACAUUUUUUAGUGAAGAUGGGACGAGGAUCGCAAAAUCAAAUUCGAUUUCCGAUCUACUUACUUCUGAUUUUCACAUACUUAUCAAUGACCAAAAAUACCAUGUAGAUACGUCGUCAAUCUCCUCCCAGUUUACUGCAUUGCCGAAAGAUUUAGCAAACGUUCGAGAACUAAUCUCAAAACUUGCCAAUGCCAUUCAUGUUGAUGAAUUUUAUGCACAAAAGCAACAACAACUUGAGAAAUGUAUAGAAGAUGUGAAUCUGCAAUUGGAACCAUUUGAAAAGAAAAAGUCAGUCAUUGCUGUACAAGCAGCACAGCGAACACGUUGGCUUACUUGGCUUGGAUUAGGUGCAAUGGGUAUACAAUUUGGAUUACUGGCAAGAUUAACAUGGUGGGAAUAUUCAUGGGAUAUUAUGGAACCCGUGACAUAUUUUGUUGGUUAUGGAACUAGUAUGGCUAUGUAUGCCUAUUAUGUGAUUACACGACAGGUUAGUUUGAAUGCACCAUUGUGAUUCUUGCGAUCACUUUUGUUGGGAAUCCUGUCAAUUUCAUCUCGUUGAGCCAGCAUACAUCUGCGCCAGGCUCCAUGUUGAUGAUGGAUGAUUGUGAUUAGUGUACUUUUUUUACCUGAAAAAAGUGGGUAUUUUGAAUAUAAUCGUAAAAAGUAGAUAAUGUAUGGUUAUUCUUUCAUGCCUUUAAGGAUACAUUUGUUUACUAAAUGCUCAGGUGGACGGGAACCAUGCGUAGUAAUUUCUGUUGGUUUACAAUACAAUAAAUUGAAAGUAAAACUUUACUUAAUGUCGAUUCAACAGUCCGCAGGGUGUAUCAAUUGUUUAUCGUUACACAAUACAGUUAUUCUUCCUUUUCAUUCGUAGAUUAUUAAAUAAUUCAUUUUCAAUGCUUUCCUGAAUUCAUUAAUUCAUUGUUUUAAUUGAGCACAUGACAUUGUCUUAAGUAUUAUAGCAUAACAAGUAUUUAUGUAUGUGUAUAUUUAUUUUUUGUCAAAAAUAUUCGUUAGUUAAGUGAAAUACAUUUUCACAACUGAUCAAUUUUUUGUUUUAAGACAUUUAUUUUUUCGAAACUGACAUACACUUUUUGUGUACCAUAGAUAAUUAAACGAGUGAAUUUUCCGUAGGUGUUAAUCAAACAAUAUUUCAUUAGUCAUGCAAA